AUGCAGGUGGGUUCAAUACCAUGUGCCCGCGCUGGAUCCCCUGGUCAUGCCAACAGGUGGCUGUUGCUGGCCGUCCCACCCACGCGUGAACCAUGCGCUCCCAUCCCUGUCCCUUCUCUCCCCCAGUCCCCCCAUCCGCCUCUGCGCUCCCUUCCCUGUCCCUUCUCUCCCCCAUUCCCCCCAUCCGCCUCUGCGCUCCCUUCCCUGUCCCUUCUCUCCCCCAUUCCCCCCAUCCGCCUCUGCGCUCCCUUCCCUGUCCCUUCUCUCCCCCAUUCCCCCCAUCCGCCUCUGCGCUCCCUUCCCUGUCCCUUCUCUCCCCCAUUCCCCCCAUCCGCCUCUGCGCUCCCUUCCCUGUCCCUUCUCUCCCCCAUUCCCCCCAUCCGCCUCUGCGCUCCCUUCCCUGUCCCUUCUCUCCCCCAUUCCCCCCAUCCGCCUCUGCGCUCCCUUCCCUGUCCCUUCUCUCCCCCAUUCCCCCCAUCCGCCUCUGCGCUCCCUUCCCUGUCCCUUCUCUCCCCCAUUCCCCCCAUCCGCCUCUGCGCUCCCUUCCCUGUCCCUUCUCUCCCCCAUUCCCCCCAUCCGCCUCUGCGCUCCCUUCCCUGUCCCUUCUCUCCCCCAUUCCCCCCAUCCGCCUCUGCGCUCCCUUCCCUGUCCCUUCUCUCCCCCAGUCCCCCCAUCCGCCUCUGCGCUCCCUUCCCUGUCCCUUCUCUCCCCCAUUCCCCCCAUCCGCCUCUGCGCUCCCUUCCCUGUCCCUUCUCUCCCCCAUUCCCCCCAUCCGCCUCUGCGCUCCCUUCCCUGUCCCUUCUCUCCCCCAUUCCCCCCAUCCGCCUCUGCGCUCCCUCCCUGUCCCUGUCCCUUCUCUCCCCCAUUCCCCCCAUCCGCCUCUGCGCUCCCUUCCCUGUCCCUUCUCUCCCCCCAUUCCCCCCAUCCGCCUCUGCGCUCCCUUCCCUGUCCCUUCUCUCCCCCAUUCCCCCCAUCCGCCUCUGCGCUCCCUUCCCUGUCCCUUCUCUCCCCCAGUCCCCCCAUCCGCCUCUGCGCUCCCUUCCCUGUCCCUUCUCUCCCCCAUUCCCCCCAUCCGCCUCUGCGCUCCCUUCCCUGUCCCUUCUCUCCCCCAUUCCCCCCAUCCGCCUCUGCGCUCCCUUCCCUGUCCCUUCUCUCCCCCAUUCCCCCCAUCCGCCUCUGCGCUCCCUUCCCUGUCCCUUCUCUCCCCCAUUCCCCCCAUCCGCCUCUGCGCUCCCUUCCCUGUCCCUUCUCUCCCCCAUUCCCCCCAUCCGCCUCUGCGCUCCCUUCCCUGUCCCUUCUCUCCCCCAUUCCCCCCAUCCGCCUCUGCGCUCCCUUCCCUGUCCCUUCUCUCCCCCAUUCCCCCAUCCGCCUCUGCGCUCCCUUCCCUGUCCCUUCUCUCCCCCAUUCCCCCAUCCGCCUCUGCGCUCCCUUCCCUGUCCCUUCUCUCCCCCAGUCCCCCCAUCCGCCUCUGCGCUCCCUUCCCUGUCCCUUCUCUCCCCCAUUCCCCCCAUCCGCCUCUGCGCUCCCUUCCCUGUCCCUCUCUCUCCCCCAUUCCCCCCAUCCGCCUCUGCGCUCCCUUCCCUGUCCCUUCUCUCCCCCAUUCCCCCCAUCCGCCUCUGCGCUCCCUUCCCUGUCCCUUCUCUCCCCCAUUCCCCCCAUCCGCCUCUGCGCUCCCUUCCCUGUCCCUUCUCUCCCCCAUUCCCCCCAUCCGCCUCUGCGCUCCCUUCCCUGUCCCUUCUCUCCCCCAUUCCCCCCAUCCGCCUCUGCGCUCCCUUCCCUGUCCCUUCUCUCCCCCAUUCCCCCCAUCCGCCUCUGCGCUCCCUUCCCUGUCCCUUCUCUCCCCCAUUCCCCCCAUCCGCCUCUGCGCUCCCUUCCCUGUCCCUUCUCUCCCCCAUUCCCCCCAUCCGCCUCUGCGCUCCCUUCCCUGUCCCUUCUCUCCCCCAUUCCCCCCAUCCGCCUCUGCGCUCCCUUCCCUGUCCCUUCUCUCCCCCAUUCCCCCCCAUCCGCCUCUGCGCUCCCUUCCCUGUCCCUUCUCUCCCCCAUUCCCCCCAUCCGCCUCUGCGCUCCCUUCCCUGUCCCUUCUCUCCCCCAUUCCCCCCAUCCGCCUCUGCGCUCCCUUCCCUGUCCCUUCUCUCCCCCAUUCCCCCCAUCCGCCUCUGCGCUCCCUUCCCUGUCCCUUCUCUCCCCCAUUCCCCCAUCCGCCUCUGCGCUCCCUUCCCUGUCCCUUCUCUCCCCCAUUCUCCCCCAUCCGCCUCUGCGCUCCCUUCCCUGUCCCUUCUCUCCCCCAUUCCCCCCCCCCAUCCGCCUCUGCGCUCCCUUCCCUGUCCCUUCUCUCCCCCAUUCCCCCCAUCCGCCUCUGCGCUCCCUUCCCUGUCCCUUCUCUCCCCAUUCCCCCCAUCCGCCUCUGCGCUCCCUUCCCUGUCCCUUCUCUCCCCCAUUCCCCCCAUCCGCCUCUGCGCUCCCUUCCCUGUCCCUUCUCUCCCCCAUUCCCCCCAUCCGCCUCUGCGCUCCCUUCCCUGUCCCUUCUCUCCCCCAUUCCCCCCAUCCGCCUCUGCGCUCCCUUCCCUGUCCCUUCUCUCCCCCAUUCCCCCCAUCCGCCUCUGCGCUCCCUUCCCUGUCCCUUCUCUCCCCCAUUCCCCCCAUCCGCCUCUGCGCUCCCUUCCCUGUCCCUUCUCUCCCCCAUUCCCCCCAUCCGCCUCUGCGCUCCCUUCCCUGUCCCUUCUCUCCCCCAUUCCCCCCAUCCGCCUCUGCGCUCCCUUCCCUGUCCCUUCUCUCCCCCAUUCCCCCCAUCCGCCUCUGCGCUCCCUUCCCUGUCCCUUCUCUCCCCCAUUCCCCCCAUCCGCCUCUGCGCUCCCUUCCCUGUCCCUUCUCUCCCCCAUUCCCCCCAUCCGCCUCUGCGCUCCCUUCCCUGUCCCUUCUCUCCCCCAUUCCCCCCAUCCGCCUCUGCGCUCCCUUCCCUGUCCCUUCUCUCCCCCAUUCCCCCCAUCCGCCUCUGCGCUCCCUUCCCUGUCCCUUCUCUCCCCCAUUCCCCCCAUCCGCCUCUGCGCUCCCUUCCCUGUCCCUUCUCUCCCCCAUUCCCCCCAUCCGCCUCUGCGCUCCCUCCCUGUCCCUUCUCUCCCCCAUUCCCCCCAUCCGCCUCUGCGCUCCCUUCCCUGUCCCUUCUCUCCCCCAUUCCCCCCAUCCGCCUCUGCGCUCCCUUCCCUGUCCCUUCUCUCCCCCAUUCCCCCCAUCCGCCUCUGCGCUCCCUUCCCUGUCCCUUCUCUCCCCCAUUCCCCCCAUCCGCCUCUGCGCUCCCUUCCCUGUCCCUUCUCUCCCCCAUUCCCCCCAUCCGCCUCUGCGCUCCCUUCCCUGUCCCUUCUCUCCCCCAUUCCCCCCAUCCGCCUCUGCGCUCCCUUCCCUGUCCCUUCUCUCCCCCAUUCCCCCCAUCCGCCUCUGCGCUCCCUUCCCUGUCCCUUCUCUCCCCCAUUCCCCCCAUCCGCCUCUGCGCUCCCAUCCCUGUCCCUUCUCUCCCCCAUUCCCCCCAUCCGCCUCUGCGCUCCCUUCCCUGUCCCUUCUCUCCCCCAUUCCCCCCAUCCGCCUCUGCGCUCCCUUCCCUGUCCCUUCUCUCCCCCAUUCCCCCCAUCCGCCUCUGCGCUCCCUUCCCUGUCCCUUCUCUCCCCCAUUCCCCCCAUCCGCCUCUGCGCUCCCUUCCCUGUCCCUUCUCUCCCCCAUUCCCCCCAUCCGCCUCUGCGCUCCCUUCCCUGUCCCUUCUCUCCCCCAUUCCCCCCAUCCGCCUCUGCGCUCCCUUCCCUGUCCCUUCUCUCCCCCAUUCCCCCCAUCCGCCUCUGCGCUCCCUUCCCUGUCCCUUCUCUCCCCCAUUCCCCCCAUCCGCCUCUGCGCUCCCUUCCCUGUCCCUUCUCUCCCCCAUUCCCCCCAUCCGCCUCUGCGCUCCCUUCCCUGUCCCUUCUCUCCCCCAUUCCCCCCAUCCGCCUCUGCGCUCCCUUCCCUGUCCCUUCUCUCCCCCAUUCCCCCCAUCCGCCUCUGCGCUCCCUUCCCUGUCCCUUCUCUCCCCCAUUCCCCCCAUCCGCCUCUGCGCUCCCUUCCCUGUCCCUUCUCUCCCCCAUUCCCCCCAUCCGCCUCUGCGCUCCCUUCCCUGUCCCUUCUCUCCCCCAUUCCCCCCAUCCGCCUCUGCGCUCCCUUCCCUGUCCCUUCUCUCCCCCAUUCCCCCCAUCCGCCUCUGCGCUCCCUUCCCUGUCCCUUCUCUCCCCCAUUCCCCCCAUCCGCCUCUGCGCUCCCUUCCCUGUCCCUUCUCUCCCCCAUUCCCCCCAUCCGCCUCUGCGCUCCCUUCCCUGUCCCUUCUCUCCCCCAUUCCCCCCAUCCGCCUCUGCGCUCCCUUCCCUGUCCCUUCUCUCCCCCAUUCCCCCAUCCGCCUCUGCGCUCCCUUCCCUGUCCCUUCUCUCCCCCAUUCCCCCCAUCCGCCUCUGCGCUCCCUUCCCUGUCCCUUCUCUCCCCCAUUCCCCCCAUCCGCCUCUGCGCUCCCUUCCCUGUCCCUUCUCUCCCCCAUUCCCCCCAUCCGCCUCUGCGCUCCCUUCCCUGUCCCUUCUCUCCCCCAUUCCCCCCAUCCGCCUCUGCGCUCCCUUCCCUGUCCCUUCUCUCCCCCAUUCCCCCCAUCCGCCUCUGCGCUCCCUUCCCUGUCCCUUCUCUCCCCCAUUCCCCCCAUCCGCCUCUGCGCUCCCUUCCCUGUCCCUUCUCUCCCCCAUUCCCCCCAUCCGCCUCUGCGCUCCCUUCCCUGUCCCUUCUCUCCCCCAUUCCCCCCAUCCGCCUCUGCGCUCCCUUCCCUGUCCCUUCUCUCCCCCAUUCCCCCCAUCCGCCUCUGCGCUCCCUUCCCUGUCCCUUCUCUCCCCCAUUCCCCCCAUCCGCCUCUGCGCUCCCUUCCCUGUCCCUUCUCUCCCCCAUUCCCCCCAUCCGCCUCUGCGCUCCCUUCCCUGUCCCUUCUCUCCCCCAUUCCCCCCAUCCGCCUCUGCGCUCCCUUCCCUGUCCCUUCUCUCCCCCAUUCCCCCCAUCCGCCUCUGCGCUCCCUUCCCUGUCCCUUCUCUCCCCCAUUCCCCCCAUCCGCCUCUGCGCUCCCUUCCCUGUCCCUUCUCUCCCCCAUUCCCCCCAUCCGCCUCUGCGCUCCCUUCCCUGUCCCUUCUCUCCCCCAUUCCCCCCAUCCGCCUCUGCGCUCCCUUCCCUGUCCCUUCUCUCCCCCAUUCCCCCCAUCCGCCUCUGCGCUCCCUUCCCUGUCCCUUCUCUCCCCCAUUCCCCCCAUCCGCCUCUGCGCUCCCUUCCCUGUCCCUUCUCUCCCCCAUUCCCCCCAUCCGCCUCUGCGCUCCCUUCCCUGUCCCUUCUCUCCCCCAUUCCCCCCAUCCGCCUCUGCGCUCCCUUCCCUGUCCCUUCUCUCCCCCAUUCCCCCCAUCCGCCUCUGCGCUCCCUUCCCUGUCCCUUCUCUCCCCCAUUCCCCCCAUCCGCCUCUGCGCUCCCUUCCCUGUCCCUUCUCUCCCCCAUUCCCCCCAUCCGCCUCUGCGCUCCCUUCCCUGUCCCUUCUCUCCCCCAUUCCCCCCAUCCGCCUCUGCGCUCCCUUCCCUGUCCCUUCUCUCCCCCAUUCCCCCCAUCCGCCUCUGCGCUCCCUUCCCUGUCCCUUCUCUCCCCCAUUCCCCCCAUCCGCCUCUGCGCUCCCUUCCCUGUCCCUUCUCUCCCCCAUUCCCCCCAUCCGCCUCUGCGCUCCCUUCCCUGUCCCUUCUCUCCCCCAUUCCCCCCAUCCGCCUCUGCGCUCCCAUCCCUGUCCCUUCUCUCCCCCAUUCCCCCCAUCCGCCUCUGCGCUCCCAUCCCUGUAUUCCUCCCGUCGCCCCUUCCCUUCCCCUCACCUUCCCUCUCCCAUUUCCCCUCUCCAUUCCCCCCCAACCCCUCCCCCCUUUUUCCGUCUCCCCCUCUCCCCCCGACCAGAUGGUUUGCUUCAUUCGCCUGGCCGCCUAUCUGCGCUGCGCUCUUAGAGCCAUUACUCUUAUCCACUUCCCGUCCCUCUCCCUCCUUCCACUCCUCCCCCCUCCUUCCACUCCUCCCCCCUCCUUCCUCUCUCCCCUGCACCAGAUGGAGACGUCCAAGUGGAACAAGGCAGUGCUGCAGCGCAACGCCGCUCUCGACUUCAUUCAGGAGAGGCGCAUUCAGGGCGUCGUUUACUUUAUGGAUGAUGACAACGCCUACCUCCCUCAGCUCUUUCUCGAGUUUCAGAGCAUCCAAAACGUGGGUGUUUUCCCCGUCGGCUUCCUCUACCCGGACGAGUACUCCAGGCGGAACAGGCAUAUACACCACACGCCCAUGGUAGAGAGGCCACUUGUAAGGAGGACGGAGAGCGGAGGGCUGCAGGUGUAUGGGUGGGAGACGUUUGAGUGGUUCAUCUCCAAGGCCAAGCGGAAAUUCAAUGUCGACAUGGGAGGGUUCGCGUUCCGGCAUGUAUUCACGCAUGGAGUAAGGCAUGUAUUCACGCAUGGAGUAAGGCAUGUAUUCACGCAUGGAGUAAGGCAUGUAUUCACGCAUGGAGUAAGGCAUGUAUUCACGCAUGGAGUAAGGCAUGUAUUCACGCAUGGAGUAAGGCAUGUAUUCACGCAUGGAGUAAGGCAUGUAUUCACGCAUGGAGUAAGGCAUGCAUUCACGCAUGGAGUAAGGCAUGCAUUCACGCAUGGAGUAAGGCAUGCAUUCACGCAUGGAGUAAGGCAUGUAUUCACGCAUGGAGUAAGGCAUGCAUUCACGCAUGGAGUAAGGCAUGCAUUCACGCAUGGAGUAAGGCAUGCAUUCACGCAUGGAGUAAGGCAUGCAUUCACGCAUGGAGUAAGGCAUGUAUUCACGCAUGGAGUAAGGCAUGCAUUCACGCAUGGAGUAAGGCAUGCAUUCACGCAUGGAGUAAGGCAUGUAUUCACGCAUGGAGUAAGGCAUGCAUUCACGCAUGGAGUAAGGCAUGUAUUCACGCAUGGAGUAAGGCAUGCAUUCACGCAUGGAGUAAGGCAUGUAUUCACGCAUGGAGUAAGGCAUGUAUUCACGCAUGGAGUAAGGCAUGUAUUCAUGCAUGGAGUAAGGCAUGUAUUCACGCAUGGAGUAAGGCAUGUAUUCACGCAUGGAGUAAGGCAUGUAUUCACGCAUGGAGUAAGGCAUGUAUUCACGCAUGGAGUAAGGCAUGUAUUCACGCAUGGAGUAAGGCAUGUAUUCACGCAUGGAGUAAGGCAUGUAUUCACGCAUGGAGUAAGGCAUGUAUUCACGCAUGGAGUAAGGCAUGUAUUCACGCAUGGAGUAAGGCAUGUAUUCACGCAUGGAGUAAGGCAUGUAUUCACGCAUGGAGUAAGGCAUGUAUUCACGCAUGGAGUAAGGCAUGUAUUCACGCAUGGAGUAAGGCAUGUAUUCACGCAUGGAGUAAGGCAUGUAUUCACGCAUGGAGUAAGGCAUGUAUUCACGCAUGGAGUAAGGCAUGUAUUCACGCAUGGAGUAAGGCAUGUAUUCACGCAUGGAGUAAGGCAUGUAUUCACGCAUGGAGUAAGGCAUGUAUUCACGCAUGGAGUAAGGCAUGUAUUCACGCAUGGAGUAAGGCAUGUAUUCACGCAUGGAGUAAGGCAUGUAUUCACGCAUGGAGUAAGGCAUGUAUUCACGCAUGGAGUAAGGCAUGUAUUCACGCAUGGAGUAAGGCAUGUAUUCACGCAUGGAGUAAGGCAUGUAUUCACGCAUGGAGUAAGGCAUGUAUUCACGCAUGGAGUAAGGCAUGUAUUCACGCAUGGAGUAAGGCAUGUAUUCACGCAUGGAGUAAGGCAUGUAUUCACGCAUGGAGUAAGGCAUGUAUUCACGCAUGGAGUAAGGCAUGUAUUCACGCAUGGAGUAAGGCAUGUAUUCACGCAUGGAGUAAGGCAUGUAUUCACGCAUGGAGUAAGGCAUGUAUUCACGCAUGGAGUAAGGCAUGUAUUCACGCAUGGAGUAAGGCAUGUAUUCACGCAUGGAGUAAGGCAUGUAUUCACGCAUGGAGUAAGGCAUGUAUUCACGCAUGGAGUAAGGCAUGUAUUCACGCAUGGAGUAAGGCAUGUAUUCACGCAUGGAGUAAGGCAUGUAUUCACGCAUGGAGUAAGGCAUGUAUUCACGCAUGGAGUAAGGCAUGUAUUCACGCAUGGAGUAAGGCAUGUAUUCACGCAUGGAGUAAGGCAUGUAUUCACGCAUGGAGUAAGGCAUGUAUUCACGCAUGGAGUAAGGCAUGUAUUCACGCAUGGAGUAAGGCAUGUAAGACCUGCCGGGCUACCAGCACCGCCCACACUUUGCACACCCGUUUUCUUUUCCUCCCCUCCUGCUUCUCACCCCCCCUCUCCCCUUCUCUCAGCUCUGAGCUGCUCUGGCACAACCGCACAGACCUGCCGGGCUACCCUCACCACCCGCUCCGCUUCGAAGCCAGCUGGCAAGGGUCAGUCCGCGCCAUAA